UUCUUUGUUUCCAUCCCGGUUCUCAGGUUUACUGCUCGGCAAGCACUCCCGCCUCGUCUCCUCGCGAGGCAUGCCCCUGAGUCGGCUGCUGAGCCUGUACUACGGCGUUUCGGGCGUUCCGCGAGCUGUGCCCGGUGUGCAGGGGCUGUCUGUGUGCGGCCGACGGGAGCUGCUCUACCCCUACCUUCGAGACGGCCUGCUCGAGGGCAACGUGAGCCACAUGGCACGCGCCUACCUACUGCACCGCUACGGGCAAACUUCGAAGAGGCUUAGCCUGUUCGUUGCCGCGGCCACGGACGAAUUCCUGCAGAGGUUGAGACGCGAUCUGCUCAGGCAUCCUGCAUUUUGCGACCGUUACCCACCGACGCCAGAUCAAGCGGAGUGCAGAACGCCGGGCGAUAUCUUCGUCGUCAUGGAUGCCGACGCGUAUGCGAAUGACCUGUGGAUGAAGCAACAAAAAAGGACGGUCGAAUUCUUGGCUCAGCGCCUGAACAUUGGCAGCCACAGUGGCCGAUUCAUGCACCUCUACGUGAACAAGCGCGACAUUGACGGCACGCUGCAACUGCAGCUAGCGAACGAAACUUCGUCGUCGACUGUCAGCUGCUACGCGCGCAGUGCAAACUUUUCCGAGAUCGCAACGGACAACGAGGUGGCCGUGCUAGAAUCCCUAAGGAACCUUCUCUCAAACAGCCUCAACAGAAACAGAGGGCCACUUGCUCCGUCAACGACGAUCAUUAUAUUCAAAUUCGGCCACCUGCGCUCUCCGCAUCAGCGGUUAAAACCACUGCUCCCAAGGGUUCUUGGAAGUAACGAAGGAGCCGGAUCCAUCAUUGCCGUUGGCAACAACCUCACGUCACUGGGACAAAUGGUGCGCCGAGAAGGCAGGGACGUGACGAAAGACCACGACAAAGUCAUUCUGCUAGGGGCCACUGAAGACGCAGCUAAAAAUGUCGCAAAUAAAAUAGCGGACGAAGCGUGCACAGCGCCGGCGCUUCUUCGUUGCUUGAACGACGGAGCGGAGGGCAAGGAAAAGUUCUCCUUUCAAGGCGACGUCACAGAGAAUGGCGUCGUCUACCUCAUGCUGGAUCCCAAUGACUACGACAAUUUCGAGGACCUGCAUAUCAAGAUUGAAGCCAUUGGCGGAACGCUCAAGGUUUGCCAGCGGCGCUCGAGGUUUCAACACUUGCAGCUUCAGGACUGCGACACCGUCUCCGAAAAUGAGCUAAUGUUCAGGCCGUCCUGCAAAGGUGACACGUGCAGUCCGCUUUACCUGGCUAUCGUUGGAAUAUCGGAAGAGUGCUCUUCCUCUGGCAGAGGCCUUGGCGCCGUUUGCGCACCGACUACUGGGCAAGUUGGAUAUCGCCUCACACUUCAUCAUAUCAAUAAUACGUUGGCUGUUGGAGCAUGAGACAUUCAAGACCCACGUUACCGACUAUUUAUAUUCAUAGACAUUUCAUAUCUUCUAUGGCUUUUUCAAAUAAACAAAUCCUUAUUUCCUCCAUUUUCAGCAGCGAUAAGGCCAACCUUGGGUUGUGGCCGCAACAAAGUUGC